AUGUUAGCCGUGGGGCCGAUGGAGGCUAACCGCCCGGGCGCCUUCGUGCUGAGCAGUCCGCCGCUGGCCGCGCUGCACAACAUGGCCGAGAUGAAGACGUCGCUCUUCCCCUACGCCCUGCAGGGCCCGUCGGGCUUCAAGGCGCCGGCCCUGGGCGGCCUGGGCGCGCACUCCUCGGCGCCUGGCGGCAACCUCCCUCUCUCGAGGCACGCGACUUCCCGCCUCCUUCCGGUUUCAGCUGUCGGCGGUCACUUGAUAUUCCGUCUCUCCGGCCUGCCCCGCCUCAACGGCCUCGCCACCGCCGCCGCCGCCGGGAUGUACUUCAGCCCCGCCGCCGCCGCUGCCGCCGCCGCCGCCGCCUCCCGCUACCCCAAGCCCCUCGCCGAGCUGCCCGGACGGCCGCCCAUCUUCUGGCCCGGCGUCAUGCAGGGAUCGCCCUGGAGGGACCCGCGCCUCGCCUGCCCCGGAGGCAUUCUGCAUGUGUGGUUCCAGAACCGGCGGACCAAGUGGCGGAAGCGGCACGCCGCCGAGAUGGCCUCGGCCAAGAAGAAGCACGACUCGGAGACGGAGAAGCUGAAGGAGAGCUCGGAGAACGAGGACGACGACGAGUACAACAAGCCGCUGGACCCCAACUCCGACGACGAGAAGAUCACGCGGCUCCUCCAGAAGCACAAGGCGGCCGCCGGCGCCCCGCUGGCCCUCCUCAGCCCCUGCAGCAACGCCUCCGAGCCCUCCUGA